AUGGGCUGCGCCGGUGCCAAGCCGGGUGGCCAAGGACAGGUUGGCCUGAACGUUCAGGACGCGCAGUCCGGGGCCGUAAGGAGCACCAUUGAGGCCAAGAUCGUGUUGCUGGGCGACUCGGGUGUGGGCAAAUCUUCCCUCGCGCUCCGCUUCUGCCAGGGCCGAUUCAACCCAUAUCAUGAGGUCACGAUCGGGGCCGCCUUUCUGCAGCAGAUCGUCCGGCUGCGAGAUGGCAGCCAGCUGAAACUACACGUCUGGGACACUGGUGGACAG